AUGAGCCUUACAUAAAUGUCUUAGCAACAACUCUCCGACAAUAUCUGUCUUCUUAAUUCCGCCGAUCGUGUAAACCGAGAAUAUCUUUCUCAAAGGGAUUGUAGGUUAUCAGAAAGUGGAUAUAUUGAAGUAGUACAUCAAGACGCGAAGUUAAGCUUACUAAUUUCACUGAGGAAUCUCACACGCGUACGAUUUUACAAACGAGGUCAAAGGCUGGGCAGCAGUUUUACACAGAGGAAAAAGUUUUAACUUAACGAAGCGGUGUUCUUUCCUUGAAGGAAACAAUACAGUUAAAAUACAAAAAUGGCCAAAUUCGCCCUUAGGAACGAGCUUGGACGGUACUUUGUUGCAAUAGCAUGGAUGGGAAUUAACAUAUAUUUAUUCGUGAGUGCCUACAUAUCUCUCCAGACUUCCCCAAAAAACUUCUACCUCAGAGUUAUUGUCAAGGAAGGAUUGGCUUUUGCUCGAGCGUCUGCUGCAGUUUUGAACUUUAACUGUAUGCUUAUUCUUUUGACUAUGUGUCGGAACCUUCUCUCUUCCAUUCGAGGCCUUGGGUGUGGCACCAGUGUCCUUCGCCUUCUUGACAAGCAUAUGACGUUUCAUAAGUACAUUGCGUAUAUGAUAUGUUUCCAGACAGCCAUUCACAUAGUAGCACACGUUUUUAAUGUGGAGUUUUUCAUUGACUCACACUUGAGUAAGGACAUGCUUGUUCAGAGAUUGAACAGCUUUGAGGAUGAGGGAAGUGAAACUUAUCUAAACCCUAUACGGGACGCCAACGCUGUACCAGUAGUGGAGCUGUGGAAAUUAGCGGCUGGUAUUACUGGAGCUGUCAUAACCCUUUGUCUUAUUUUGAUGCUCUCUUCUGCCACGGAACUUAUCAGGCGGUCGUAUUUUGAAGUGUUUUGGUAUAACCAUCAUCUAUUCGUGAUCUUCUACAUUGGACUGGUCGUUCAUGGUGUGCAGGGUAUCGUACGAUUUCAGUCGAACACUGAUGAGCAUGACCCUGAAACCUGCUCCAAAAAUGUGACCUCGUGGGGAAAGGAGGGAGACUGCAAAACGCUUCCCAAAUUUGCUCCUUUUGGAAUGAAUACCUGGAAAUGGGUAGUUGGACCAAUGUUCCUGUAUCUCGUUGAACGUGGAAUCAGAUUUUAUCGCUCAUUCCAGACGGUUAAAAUUAUGAAAGUUGUUAACCAUCCAUCGAAAGUUAUCGAGAUCCAGAUGAAGAAAGCAGGCUUCCAUCAUGCUGCUGGACAGUACAUUUUCCUCAAGUGUCCCAAACUCUCUCAUUUAGAGUGGCAUCCUUUCACUUUGACAUCGGCCCCUGAGGAUGAUUUCUUCUCCGUGCAUAUUCGUAUUGCUGGGGACUGGACAGGUGGACUGGCCAAACUUUGUGGUGGUGACGGUAAACAAACAAGAAGCCUGUCUGAUAUGCCGAGACUUGCAGUAGAUGGGCCCUUUGGAACAGCUACUACGGACGUUUUUAAGUAUCCCGUGGUGAUGUGUAUCGGAGCUGGUAUUGGGGUAACACCGUUUGCAUCUAUCCUGAAGUCCAUCUGGUAUCAAUAUAAUCAGAACAAUGUUAACCCGGUGGUUAAAAAAGUUUACUUCUUUUGGAUUUGUCCCGACACGAACGCAUUCGAAUGGUUUACAGAUCUCUUGCAGUACCUUGAAGAAAGAAUGGUGGAAACUGGAAACAGAGAUUUCUUGGAAUAUAACAUUUACCUCACCAGAGGCUGGGGUCCAAAUAUGGCUCGCACCAUUGUUCUACCACGAGGAAAUAAAUAUUGUAUAUGUAUUGUAUUGACGGUUCUACAUCACAUCAUCACUGGAUGUAAACAGAAGACUCGCUAUGGGCGACCAGAAUGGAACGGCAUUUUCGGUAGCGUUGCUCGAGCUCAUCCAAGAACAAACAUCGGAGUCUUCUUUUGUGGUCCUGCUGUUCUUUCACAUCAGCUUCACCAGACAGCCAAUGCACACAGCAAUGUUGUUGAAGGAACAAAGUUUUACUAUAACAAGGAAAAUUUCUGAAGCUUUAGGUGUGACUUUUUUUAUGAAGAGAACAACAUUUUAAUUUUUUGUUUUUAUCAUAGAAUAAUGUAGUACUUUUUCAGUGUAGUUUUUAUAUUGGCAGUACAAAGUUAGUCGAAUUAGUAACUUUUUCACACUAAGAGAAUCUACAAUGCACAAGGUAAUGAUGAAAGCUACUUUUCAACUUUAGUUUCUUAAAUCGAAUUAAAACAUCAACCCUUUAACUUCCAUGAGUGACCAAGACAGAAUUUCUCCCCACAAUAUCAAUACAAUAUCAAGCAGACAAGUGAUGAGAAUAAAGAAAAAUAGAAGUUAAGGGAAUAUAAGUUGAUCCAAUACCAAAUUCUCAAGACAAACAUCACCAGAGCUGUAUGGCAGACAGUAAGGAGAAUUACUUAUGAGAUCUUGGGAGUCAAAGGGUUAAAUGGAAGUAGCUUGUCAGUUCGUGUUUGACAUUUGCAUGAUUGGAUGAGUCAUGGUGUUGAUUCAUUUUUCUCUAACCAAAAAAAUUCAAGGUUGUGUCAGAUAGUUUGCCUCAGUAGUUCUUUAAUUCAUAUUUAUUUACAGUAAAAUAGUAGUGCUUGAUAUUACUAUUGUACUUCCUAAGAAUGUAAAAUAAAUGUAAUAUACACCGUGAAACUUUAUUUUUCUAUUUAUUUUCGUCCUUUUGGAAAGAAAGAAUCAUUCAAGGACCUUAAAAGUUUUUGUAAUAUCUGGUGAGUUAAUUCUUGUAACUUCGCAUACAUUGUUUGUAAUAGGAUAGGCAUAAGUAACAUUCAAUAAAAAACUCAUUUCCUAC